GCCCUUUAGAGCCUCCACCGAAAGGGGCGGAGCAACGAAAACGGGCGGAGAGGGAAAACAGGCGGAAAACAAAAUUCACGCCGAGCGUGAGUGAGAGAAAGGGGGAGAAUUGUAAAGGAGACUCGCCGUGGAAGCUACGGCUACCUCUUAUAAAACGAGGUGAAGGAGUAACUGAACAAAAGGGGCUUCCAAAGAAAACAAAACUGAACUGAGGUGUUUGUGGAUUUAAACGCUGCUCUACCAGAGAGGGGAGGAACAGCGCGGGAGAGAGAAGCAUGACUCAGGCCACUCUCCUAGAAGCUGAACUGCAGCAGCUAGAGUGUCACUUCACUUGGGAGCUGAAAAAUGAAGACCUAAAUAUCACGGAUGUUCUAAGCAGGCUGGAACAGCAUGAAGAAUUACAUCUUGGAGGAAAAGCAGGACUUGCACAGACAUACAACUGUAUAGCAUUUGUGAAGUACCUUCUAGGGUCUUCUACUGAAGCGCUCACCUACUUGCACAAAUCCAUGGAGCUCACCAGAGAGUUUCACAAGGAUAAUUGUGACAAGUGGCUCAUAGUCACUUAUGGCAAUCUGGCUUGGCUACAUCACCACAUGAAAGAUUACAGUGAAUGUGAAAACUACCUACAGAAGCUCAGAGAGAUUGCAGAGAAAUUUCCACCUGAUUCUUCAUCUACUCUUCAUCAUGAAGUACUCGGGGAAAAGGCCUGGGCUUUAUUUAAGUUCUCCCGCGAUUUCUAUGAAAGAGCUAAAGAUUGUUUCAAGAAGGCCUUGGAGUUGGAGCCCACAAAUCCACAAUGGAAUGCUGGUUAUGCCUUUGUGCUUCAUCGAACAGAGAAAUAUGGGACCUUCUCCAGUGCAGAUGAGUCCCCAAGUGUUAAACAACUGCGUCAGGCCAUAGACACAGAUCCAGAGAAUGAUGAACUGAAAGCUCUCUUGGCACUGAGGCUGGGCACAUUUAAACAGUUUGAUGAAGCUGAGAGUUUGGUGGAGAAAGCUCUGGAAGGUUCUCCCAAUGCUCCUAAUGUCAUUCGUUAUGUAGGUAAAUUCAUGAGGACUUACGGAUGUGUAGACAGAUCCAUCGGCCUACUGAAGAGAGUAUUGGAGAGAUCACCCACCUCAGGCUUCUUACACCAUCAGCUAGCACUCUGCUACAAGAAGAAAAUCUCUUUGCAAAAAGCAGUAGGUCGAGAUUCAUCUAGUGUUGCCAGUGAGAUUCAGAGGCUUCGUCGUCAGUGCAUCUGUCAUUUGGAGGAGGCCACUACACUGAAGGGCUGCUUCAUCAAUGCUAUGAUGGAGCUAGCGAUACAGUAUGGGGAGGACGGCAUGCUGGAUCGUGCAGAAAAGCUGUUUGAGGAAACUCUGCAGAUGGCCAUAGAGAAAAAUGAGUUCCUACAGCAAGUGUACUUAUACUAUGGGGAGUUCCUGCAGUACAGAAAGAGGUGCCUUCCCCUGGCCAUCAACUGCUAUAAAGAAUGUCUGAAGAUGAAUCAUAAGAAAAUAGAUGGGAAGAGAAGCGCUAAAAAUCUGAACAAGAUAGCUGAUAGAUAUUUAUCGAAAAACCCCAAUGAUUCCAGGGCUUGGGGGAUACUGGGAUUCAUCCAUAAAGUAAAAGGAGAGAACAGCGAGGCCAUAAAGUGCUAUGAGAAAGCUCUGCAAUACAAAGACAAUGACGAGUACCUCAGUGCUCUGUGUGAACUGCAGUUAAACUUGAAAAAGUAACGCAAUGAGCAUUAAUUUCCGUAAUGGUCGAGUGGUUCAGCAGACUAAAGAUGCUGAAAAUCUGGCCUGAAGUUUGAGUCUGAAAGAGCUAAAUUGGCCAUGCUCUUCUUAGGUGGGUAGGUUCUCUCGUCCCUUAUCAUUCUCAUUAAGGCAUUUGUUGGCUGAUUUAUCAGAGCUGGGGACCUGGUGCUUUCCUUUAAGCGCAUUAAGAGACUUGCGAUGCUGAGUUGGCGAUCCGUUCUAAAAGAGGUGUGUAUCGGAUGAGGCAUUGGAGGAUUGUUGGCGUUUAUCCUCCUGAUAGAGGAGACUAAGGGAGGUUGAGAGGGUUACGAGGCUAGAUUAAAUUAGGGGUCUAAAAUUAGAGAAGAAAAAAAGGGUAAAUAAUUUUUUGCAUAUUUGGCCAAUCAGUAGCAUUUAGGAUAAAAGGAGCAUUGCUUAUAUUUUAAUUUCAGGUGAAAGUAGGGCUUCUGCAACCAUCCCCUAUACAUAAGUCUUGCUGUUGGAUGGUAGCUGUCACGUCCUUGUCCUGUCCCUUGUCAGCCUCCAUGUUUUUCCCCUCCUUUGUUUGUUGUCCUAGACAUGUCCUCAUAGCACAUGGCUCUCCGUGUCUCUCCUGGUCUCCGCCCAUGUCUUCAGUGCUCCCACCUGUGUUCAUUUGUAGUUCCACCCCUUCAUCAACAACCACAGGUGUUUCCUGUUUGUGGUUCCUGUCUUUUCAGUGUUAGGUGGUCUGAUCUUGUGCUUUUUCUACAUCAGUCAUGUUGCUGUUUCUUUGUUUUCUGCCUGUAUUUUAUUUCUUGUUUAUUCCAAUAGUCUUGUAUGUUCAUGUAUCUUGUUUUGAGUUUAGUGUUGAUGUAUUGUUUGUUUCCUUGUAAAUAAAUUACCUGCGUUUAA